CCCCGGCUGCCGGGGGAGAAUAGGCGUGACCAAAAAAAAAUUCCGGAAUGUUGGUAGAGUUGGUAAAUAAACCAAACGUCGCACUCGACUUAUUUUAGUCAUUUUGUCGAUGGUGUAUCGUUUGUGGCAGUUGUGUUAGCACCCCUCAGUUUAUUGCCAGGCAUGCCAUUUUGAUCAUUAAUCCGAUUGUUUGAUGAAUAACAGCUUGAAUUUUAAUUUACUUCAGCUGACAAAGGUGGUUACAGAAAUGGAUGACCUGAAGAUUGAUGAAGUUACCAAUGCUAUAUCAGAUGAAAAUGGAUUUCCUGAAAACAUUAGGCUUACAGAAAAUGCAUCUUUUACACACAGCUCUACCACAAGUGCCUGCCUGGAUUUUUAUUUUGAAGUUAUGCAGAAUACUGGGCAGGAUCAAAUUGUCAAUCAGUUGGAAAAAUCUUGGGCUGAAGAUGCGCUGUUGACCCUUAAGUUAAUUUUCCAAUUGCGAGAUGUUCGUUCAGGCAAAGGAGCUGUUGUUGAGUUUCAUUACUGCCUUAUUUGGCUUUUCCGUUAUCACCCUGAAACCUUGCUCUAUAAUCUUGAAUUUGUGGCCAAGCAUGGUUAUUGGAAAGAUCUUUGCUGGUUGAUCAAAUUUUUGAUGAAGGAUGAAGUUUGUAUGAGUACCAAACGUCAACCCCGCAAGAAAACUUCCGAUACCACGGGGCAAGCAAACAUUAAUUAUUCGCUCGAAGAACUAAUCUGCAGGCGGGUGAACGGAGAAGUCAGCAAGCAUGUUUGGAAACGCUAUCUGAGCAAACUUCCAGAUGAAGGCGCCAGGAGAAAUGCUCUUCUGAAAUUCAAAGAAAUAUCCAAAGCAAUCCAUCUUACACGGAGUAAAGAAGCCAAAAUAAAAAAGAAGGCAGAUAAAUCUGUUGCUGCUGUUAAACUUUUGAACUUCAAGAUCGUACAUCAACAUUUCCCUGCACUUUAUGAUAAGGUCGUCAGUUUGUUUACUUCAAAUUUAAAGCGCGACAGAGAUAUGCUGAAUAAGAAUAAAUGCCUACCAAUGACUGCUUUAGUCGGGAAGUGGGCUCCUACCAUUGGCGGCUCUAUCGAUUGUUGUACAUCACUGGGUAAAAAUAUCGCCCGGGCUUUAUAUUCCUCGUUUUACCAACGAGCUGCCAACGAAUCUGAAAUGGAUUUUGAUACAAAAGCUUAUGUGCACUACCGCAAAAACUUCCUGACGCCUCUUCGAAUUUCUAUUAAGGUUCCUGAACGAUUGAUGUCGCUUAAAACAUGGUCUGAAAUAGACUAUCAGCGCGUUUCAUCCGUCUGUAUGAAACGAAAUAAGAAAAGCUUUUUGAAGAACGAUGCUGAGCGUUUUGCCUGUUAUCUGAGUGAUGUCAAGUCUGGUGAAAAGAAGAUUGCUUCUGGAGCCUUACUCCCACAUGAAAUAAUCAAACAGUUUAUGGAAACAUCGGAAGGACCCGAAGAAUUAAUGGCAGUAGGUGAACUACAAUGGAAAAGCUAUGUGGAAAACUUGAAGAAAUCGGGUUUGUUUGAAAGUGCCUUAUCCAUCUGUGAUGUUUCCGGAUCAAUGGGGGGGACACCUAUGGAAGCCGCGAUAGCACUGUCUCUACUAACUGCCGAACUAUCCAAUCCACCUUUCAAGAACCAUGUAUGCACCUUUUCGUCCAAUCCCUCCCUUAAGAAAGUAAAUCAAACAACGCUGAAAGAAAAGGUUUCGUUCGUCAUGAAUAUGGAAUGGGGAAUGAACACCAACCUACAGGCAGUUUUUGACCUUAUUUUGGAACUGGCUAUCAGCACCAAGUUGCCACCACAAGAAAUGGUUAAAACUCUCUUCAUUUUCUCAGAUAUGGAGUUCGAUGCCUGCGGAGGCAAUGAAUACGAAACAGAUUUUCAGCUAAUUAAAAGAAAAUUUGAGCAAGCUCACUAUCCCCUUCCAGCCAUCGUAUUUUGGAAUCUAAGAGGACACGGCAAUCGUUCUAAGCCAAUAACCAAAAACGAAAAAAAUGUCGCACUCGUCUCUGGUUUCUCUGGACAAAUGAUGAAAACUUUUCUUGAAAGCGGGAAGUUUGAUUCGCCCUACUUAGCAAUGCUUAAAACACUGGGAAAUACCUAUGAUCAUUUAAAGGUCAUUGAUUAAUGCAACUCUGAAAAUUAUUAAAACAAGUGACACUUCUUAACAUAGCCAGGCGUGUUUUUCACUAGUCUCACAACGGUUAUUAAGGCCUUUGAUGUUCUGCAACAAAAUUUGAUCUUCGUUCCAUGUUACAGCUGCUCUUUGUCUUACGUCGACUACAGUACGGUGACUGUCUUUUCUUUUGUCUUUUCUUUUCUUCUUAUGUUUAAUUCUCCCGCGUAAUUUAAACAAUAGAUGCUCGUUGCCGUGUCAUUUCAUAUACUUACAUUAUAUUAGACCGUAUUGCACAAAUACAAUGUUUAAUCAAGA